GGGCCUUCGGCAAAGCGGAUGUCACGUGACUUUGUUGUCCACAUCUGAACAUGGCGAUGUUUACGUUAUCGCACUGAUCAAGCCGUGCGGAAGCAGUAGCGUCCAAUUCUCGCGUGUGGACGUAGUGCUGGAGCGCUAUGCAGCAAGAGCCCGCGAGAAACAGACCAGUCAAGAAGAAAAAAAUUCGAGCAUGGACCGAAGCGGCACGAAUUGUAUUGGAGCUACACCCCCAGACUCCGAUGUCUCACAAGGAGAUCUUCUCUAGAAUUUGCUCCCGAGGGCUAAAGGAUGCGAGCCCAGCCUCCUUGGCCUGCCUGAAUGCGAUGCUGCAUGCUCACUCCAGGGGUCCAGAGGCUAUCUUCUACCGCGUGUUUGGAGCUGCAAGUGUCUUUGGUCUCAAGGUGAUGAGCUUUGACCACUGUGCGGUGUCCUUGCUUCUUUCUUUUUGUUGUUGCACACCCUCUCUGUUGUGGCUGUGCUGACAGACUGACAUUCCGGGAAGUGCAGUCUGCGUGGAGGUGGACGAGGAUUCUGGACCGGAGGCGGAAGACACUGGUGUAGUCAACUGCGUGCGCGACCGCAAGAAAGCCAAAGUUCUGUAUGUAAAGCUGCCUGCAGGGUUUCAUGCAACAAAGGGCCUGAGCAUGGACAUCAUGGCCAAUGGCGAGAGCCUGCCCAACCAACUGCCCAUUCCAAAUGGCAUCUGCUCUUCUGUCCCUCUGGACCGAGAGCCGCUCCGUCACUCCGUGCGGCAGCAGAGACGUCCAGUCUGCUACACAGAUGACUCCAUUGAACGUCGCACAUUGGCAUCUGCUGUGCAGGCAUCUCGAAGCUCGGCACGUGUUGCUGCAAAGUGCAAUGCGCAAUUGGUGGCUAACGACCGUCCCCAGACGACACGCGAAAUUCUUGCUUCCUUACCUGGUGUCAAGCCCCACAAGCGGUCAUCACGGAAGCUUAGCAUGACGGCCCAGAUUGCAGAGACCCGGAGAGGUUUAGUGGACCUAGAGACUCCCGAUUCUAUAUUGGUCAACACUAACAUCAAGGACCUCCUGACACGACAUACGAUGGCGUCUCUGCCAUGGUCGUACCAGUGUCGCUUGGCCAGCCUGCUUCCAGCAGUGGACUGUUGGCAAGACGCGGGCACCGUUCGCCUAAGCAGCAGUGCCCUGAGCAACGAGUUCUUUGCCCGUGCCUGCCAGGAAUGGCGGGAGCGGCUGGCCGAUGGUGAGCUUACCCACGAGAGCCAGGUGCGGCUGCGAGCCGAACAGGACCGGGCUAGCCUCGAUCCCUGGAAAGGGCAUCACUUUGAGCACGUCUGGGGACACAGGUUACCCUCCGAAGAACGUGUGGCCUCCUUGAACUUGGCCACUGGCAUACCACUGGCAGCACCCCUGGCCAAUCGCAGAGCAGGGCGACCACUGCGCAGGCCUCACCGACCUAGAAACAGUACUAGUCCUGUAUCGAGGAAUCGGUGUGGCCAUCCAGUUCGAGGCAAUUCUAUCAAGCGGCCCGCGAAUGCAGCCCGUGCGAAGGAUGAGCCUUUGGCUAAGCGAUUCAAAGAACUCCCUGCCGAUGCUGCUCUCAGCGCGAUGCCACAGGAGAGGUUAGAAGUUGAGCCUGCUGACACCACCCAGCUGACGUUACAGCAGUUAUCACACGCUGAAGCCGAGAAGGGCGACCAGGAAGCAGUGUUGACUGUCGAUGUCAUUGAGGAUCAUUGCCGUGUCAGCCUCUCAACACUGGAAGAAGUCGUGGAAGAAGAAAUCCCCUCGCUGUGUUCCGAAUCUGACGAGUCAUCCCUACAGGCUAGCAGAGAAGAGCAGCUUGCUGUCCCAGAUACAGUUUCAAGCUCAUUGGCGCAGCCACUGGAGGCACCGGAGUGCGUAAUUCCAGCGGCUGACGAGUCUACUGUACCUUGUGAGGACGAAGGCAGCGAACCACUUUCAGCAGAGCAGCUCUUGCUCAGGGUCUAUGAUGACAAGUCCGAGGAAGCGUCUCCAGCUCCAGCAUUGGACGGCUAUGCCAACCUUGAUGAGGAAGCAGCUGUAGAAGAGGACACCAUGGUCGUAACUGAGGUGGAAGUUGCAGGCUCUUCGCAUGAGUUUGUGUCUGAGCCGCUUGGCCCCAUAACACUGGCACCCGAAGCGACAGCCGAGGUCAUCCUGACGACUGAGGUAACACAUGCGGUGGGUGCUGAAGAGGAAGUGGUCUACCUCUCCUCCCCAGUGGAUCACAGUACUGUGGUUGUAACCACUGAAGAGGAAGAACCAAUGGACAGGGACCUGAUGGCAGCCAACAAUAUGCUGCUUUUGCGGGAGGAAAGGCGAGAUGACCAUGCUCUCCUGAACAACAUGGUUGUGCACGACAACGUCCCCAACCAGGUGGCUCUGGAGGUUGUGGCGCAAGAGGAGCCUGCCGUAGAAGCUGUGGCUGAAGUAGUUGAAGUUGAGGAAGUUCCGCUCGAGCUAGAUAUGGUCGAACCUUCACCGCCUCUAGUGUUCCAGGCUCUGGUCAGGCCGAGCUCGCGGAGUGUGACACCCGAACCAACAAUGCUCAUCCACGGUGCACAGCCACUGGUUGUCGUCACUCGCCCGUCGAGCGCACCUGUCACCUUGCCCGAGAGUGCUCUCCUGAAAACUGCAGCGCGAAAGUCGCUGAGCUGUCGAGACCUGCUGGCCCUUCAGCAGCAGGUGUCGUCGUCAGCAACUUCGCAAACUGGCGUGGCAUCACAAGUGUGUGUGUCGAUUGAGCAGGCCGGCGGCGGCGUGGCGCUUGUUCCUAUCGUGGUGUCGGGAAAUGGCCGCCGGCGAGGGGGGCAUGGCGGAGACGGUACCGGCUGCGGUGGCAGCAGUGAAGCCGGCACUUGCGCGUGCAGUCUGAGGCCCAUGGCAGUGUGCCGCAAGUGUGGUGCAUUUUGUCACGAUGGAUGCAUAGGCCCUUCCCACCUGUGCGUCACCUGCCUCAUACGGUGACAGAAUGCAUUACGUGUUGCUUCUGUCAAGGACAGACAGCGGUAAAUAGUGCCCAAAGGAUGAACAGCAGGACUGGCUCAUGGUGGCGGUGCACACACUGAUUGUGACUAAAUGCAAGAUGCCAGCACUAGUGAUCAUGUAUCACCGCAGGUGUCCUGACCCUGCCUGUGAAUAACAAUUGGGACAUCCUUUGUACUUGACCCAGCAUAGAUUGCAUCGUUUGUUUUAUCAUGUAACUUGCAGCAUUGACUUUACGCCUGUCAAAUCUUAUUUUACUUCUGGUGCAGGAUGCCUGAUGCCUAGUAUUUAUUCAAGCCGAGUUUUAUUUGCACUGUCCAAGCGCAACAAAUCAUGAAUCGCAGCUUCUAACAGCAGCAUUGUUGUUGUUGCUGCUACGAAGCUGAUAACGGAUGCAAAGAGAUGUAGGAAGGGUUUGGCGAUGCAUUAGCUGCUUCCCUGUUGCUGUGCCGGGUUCCCUUGCAGGGACUUGUGGGCAGCUCAGUUUUCGUGGACCCCUGUGGUUGCCAAAGUUUUUAAUCUUGUUUUCGAGCAUUUUUCAGAAAAAUUAAAUGUGAGCUUGUUUUGUAAGACCAUGCUCCUAGAAGUUGUGUCUUCAGAAAAAGAACACGAGCUUGUCAGAGUGGUUUGCAAGAUCAUGCACCAAGGGAUUGUGUACAUUUUGUGUGUAGUCUUUUUUACACCAUUACUGGCGUGUUUUGAAGCGAGAAAUAAUGCAAUGAGUGCAUGGACCAUGUUUCUUCUCAUUUCCUUUCAACUUAUGGUGGCUCAUCUGUACAUGUUUCAGAAGUAGCUUGGAUGGAUGUUGUGAGACAAUAUUUAUUUGUUUUGAUUCCUGAAAUGUAAAUUGGGCUAAAGGUAUUCAGAGAUGGAACUCGCCCAUGUGUAGGUAGUUGCUUGAGGGAUGUUCUAAAGUGCACAUGUUCAAGACUCAUUGAUAAGUGAAAUGUUUCAUGAAAUGCUUGUUGCAUAAAGUUACCUCUAGUAUAUAAAUAUAUAUAUAUACACAUAUAUAUAUUAUACAUAGUCCAGCUAUGCUGGGUCUUGAGUUUGGCUACUUCAUUAUACAGGCUUUCUUUCUCUUUGUAAAUAAAUAUUUCCAGUUCGCUAAAG